AAGUAAUUAAAGUGAGUGGAAUAUCUUUAUCGUGGAAGUAGUGAAAAAAGUACCGAAGAAUAAUCGAUGCACAAUUAAUGAAAGUUCGAAGAGAAGUCUCGUGAGGUCUGCGGCACGUACGCUUUGCAGGAGGUACCCGAGUGGUUGGUAACAGAGACGCUUAGUAGAUGAAUACGGUCCUGCGCGAUCCCCUCCACUUUCCUCAUCCCGCUAUACGACCAGUCAGUUCCUUGUUUGCCAUACAAAAUCCAAUAGUUUGCCUUGUACCUCGAGAGAGUGCGAGUAUGUCUUUUCCAUUUGCCUUUUUUUUUAAAAAGUGCGGUAAUUCAUCAAAGUACUCGCGAAAAUGUGCAUUUUACUAAGUUUAUUCACUCACACAACAAGAUUUCGAUGGUUUUGAGAGGGAGAUCCCAGAAAGCAUAGUGAAUUCCUGUCUGAGACCAGACCGACCGGCCCGUUAAGGCUUCGUCGAUUUUUUGGUCGUGAAAAAACAACGGAGCCGAAGCUUUUGUGCAGAAAGUCAGUUGGACGAUUGAAAAAGACCGAUACGACGAAAACCAGUGUAUCUAAGUGCGCGUACGAAUACUCGAGGUGACUCCUGUGUAAAAGGAGCACCGCAGGACGAAUAUUUUCACUGGAGUUCUCGAGAAAAUGUGUUAUGUAUUUACGUGGAAUAUUGCGUAACGUCGAGGGCCGGGAAGUGUUUGGAAACGUGCAACACUGACAAACCUCGCUUCGACGACUUUGCAGCACGGGCAGCACGAGCUCUACGCGUCCGUGCAGCUGGCUUUACCGGCUCUAUUUCGUCUCUUCUAUCCCAGCGAAAUUCCCCUCGCGAUACCGCGAUCGAAAUUUUCCAAAGGAAGAAACUCCACCGACGCUCGUAUCUUCUCGUGGAACAGCACAAACUUUCCUCGCGAUCAACUUGAUUUCAACCUCGACCACUUGCUUCUGGAUAACUUCUCUCGAAAUUCCCUGGUGCAAGGACGUUCAACUUCUUUUCAAAUGGAAAUUGUAUUUCCAAUGUGAUCUGCGAUGAAACGUGUUCGCGGGCUGGACGAGGUAGCAUCACCAGCAGCAGCAACAUUAAAGCACUCAUCAGUGAGUGCAGGAAGUGGCUUAGGUGGCGGAGGAGGUGGUUUGGAGUACCAUUCAAGCAGUGGAAUAGGCGUUGUUGUACCUGGCCAAGCAGUUCGAUCAGUUGCUUCGAAAGAAAUGCCGGGAAGCAUACAAUUUGGAACUGCUCAAGCUCAACAGCAAUAUACUGGAGCAAUUGUAGUGCCAACUGCGGCUCCGUCCCCUAUUAAGGGAAGUGGAUCUGGAGGACUUACUUCUACAUGUAGUAGUAGCAAUGUAAACACUAGUGGAGGGUUACAUGGUGGAAUAGGUGGUGGGAGUAAUCAUAGUAUGGGUUCCCAGCAGCCUGCACCAGGAACCCAAAAUCAAGUUCAUAGCCAACAGCAACCAACAAUAAGGCAUAAGGUUCAUUCUAGCAAUGUAGCACCAUUAGCUUCUACUCCACCAGGCAGUAGCCUAGGUAGUGGCAGUGGAUCCCAACAAUUCCAGAGAUUAAAAGUAGAAGAUGCAUUGUCUUAUUUAGAUCAAGUAAAGUACAAAUUUAGUGAUCAGCCUCAGGUGUAUAAUGAUUUUUUGGAUAUUAUGAAAGAAUUUAAGUCACAAAGCAUAGAUACACCAGGAGUAAUAACAAGAGUGAGCCAUUUAUUUAAAGGACAUCCUGAACUUAUUGUUGGUUUUAAUACCUUUCUUCCACCUGGAUAUAAAAUAGAGGUGCAGGCAAAUGAACAAGGAUAUGCAUUUCAAGUAUCAGUUAGUAUGCCAAGUCCAACAGCAACACAUACUGCUACCUUGUCACAACAUCAUUGCACUGUAAAUGUUGGUUCGCCUCCUGUUGCAAGUCCACCAACACAACCAGCAAAAGCUCCACCAGUUUUACAAAUAAUGCAAGGAUCCGGAAAUAUACAUCAUUCAUUGGCAAAUAAUAUUUCGAAUAACAGUUUAACUGUACAUGCACCCUCACCACCACCAGUACAGGCAUACAAUAAUUCACAUGUUAGUGCAGCUCAAGCACAAGCUGUGAGUCAAGCGUUAAGUCAAGCGCAGGAUGGUAUUCCGACCAGUGGGCAAACUCAACAGAGCCAACCAGUUGAAUUUAAUCAUGCAAUUAAUUACGUUAACAAAAUUAAGAAUCGGUUCCAAGGUCAACCAGACAAAUAUAAAAGAUUUUUAGAAAUUCUACACACUUAUCAGAAAGAACAACGAAAUUUAAAAGAAUCUGGACAUAUGGGUGGCACAAGUGGAUCUGGUGCAUCAGGUGGAGCAAAACAUUUAACAGAAGCAGAAGUUUACAGUCAAGUUGCUAAAUUAUUCGAAAACCAAGAAGAUUUACUUGCUGAAUUUGGACAAUUUUUACCAGAUGCCACUAAUCAACAAAGUGCAUUGAGUAACAAGACUGCUACAGUUAACGAUCAUACAACAAUCGUUAAAAAACCAUUGGGACCUAAAGCACCUUAUAAUAAUUCAGGAAAUAUUUCAAGAGAUCUUCGAGAAUCAAGCGGUAUUAAUACAAUAGAACGAGAAACUCGUGAUCAUAGAGAUCGUGAACGGGAAAGAGAUAGAUCUGGUAUACGAGAUAUUAAUAGUGUACAAAAACUUGGCCACAAUACGGGACAAUUAAAAAGAAGUCCGUCGUUUUCACCUUCGGUAACAGCUGGAAAUUCUCAUCAUAUACAACAUGGUCCACCUCCUUUAAAAAAGCAUAAAGUAUCAUCCAUGCGUGAAUGUGUUACCAUAGCGGAAGCUGGAAAAUAUGGUAGUCUGAACGAUUAUGCUUUCUUCGAUAAGGUUCGUAAAGCAUUAAGAUCUCAAGAAGUAUAUGAAAAUUUCCUCAGAUGUUUGGUUUUAUUUAAUCAAGAAAUAGUUUCCAAAUCUGAACUGGUGCAGUUAGUAACGCCAUUUCUUGGUCGCUUUCCUGAACUUUUGCGUUGGUUUAAAGAUUUCCUGGGCCAUUUGCCUGAAUCUUCUAACACCAAUACAACAAAUGCGAGUAGCAAUUUAAAUGUCGAGGCGCUACCAAAUAAUGUUGUACGAAGUCAUCAGGAGAGACCGCAAGGUGAUUUGGCGAUGGAAAUUGACUAUACGGCAUGCAAGCGCUUAGGGGCAUCAUAUUGCGCAUUACCAAAGUCUUACGUUCAACCAAAGUGUACAGGAAGAACGCAGUUAUGUAAAGAAGUUCUUAACGAUACAUGGGUUUCAUUUCCAACUUGGUCAGAAGAUAGUACAUUUGUAACAUCCAGGAAAACUCAAUAUGAGGAAUUCAUUUAUCGUUGCGAGGAUGAACGAUUCGAGUUAGAUGGUGUGAUAGAAACUAAUGCAUCAACGAUUAGAGUUCUAGAGGGUGUUCACAAAAAAAUGAGUAGAAUGAGCCAAGAAGAACUUCAAAAAUUUAAGUUAGACGAUUGUCUCGGUGGUUGUUCUCCUACAAUUCAUCAAAGAGCCUUAAAAAGGAUAUAUGGUGAUAAGGCUGCUGAUAUUAUAGAUGGUCUUAAGAAAAAUCCUGUCGUAGCAGUACCAGUAGUUCUUCGUCGAUUAAAGAGUAAAGAAGAAGAAUGGCGGGAAGCGCAAAAGGGUUUCAAUAAAAUUUGGAGAGAACAGAAUGAGAAAUACUACUUGAAAUCUCUAGAUCAUCAAGGUAUCAAUUUCAAGCAAAAUGAUGUAAAAGCUUUAAGAUCUAAAAGUCUAUUUAAUGAAAUUGAAACAUUAUAUGAUGAGAGACACGAACAAGUAGAUGAUGGCAGCGGAGAUGGCCAAAAUAAUAGUGGUCCACAUCUUGUAUUACCUUAUAAAGAUAAAUCUGUCCUAGAUGACGCAGCUAAUCUUCUUAUUCAUCAUGUAAAACGUCAAACAGCCAUCCACAAGGAAGACAAGCAACGAAUAAAGCUUUUAUUAAAGCAUUUUAUACCUGAUCUUUUUUUCCAUCCACGUCAAGAAUUAAGCGAUGAUGAACGAGAUGAAGAUGAUGAGAAGGAAGAUCUCAAUGUAGCAGCAUGUAGUAAUUCUCAAUCGGCAACGAUGAACAUCUCUCCAUUGAGUGGUGGUCUCCAAGCGAAUAGAAAUAAGGCCCCUGUAUCUCCGAUUCCGUCUUCCACAUCGAUUAAAACUGAACCUGAUAUUAAAGUACCAAUUCAUGCCAUGUCGAAUGAUCCUGAAGAAGCGUACACACUUUUCAUGGGCAGCAACAAUUGGUACCUUUUUUUAAGGUUACAUCAUAUUUUAUGCGAAAGAUUAACAAAAAUGUACGAUCGAGCUGUGGCUCUUGCUGAAGAGGAAUCGCGAUAUAAACAACAACGCAAGGAGAGUACGGCGGUCGCAUUACGAUUAAAACCCAAAAAUGAAAUUGAAAUUGAGGAUUAUUAUCCUGCAUUUUUGGAUAUGGUUAAGAACGUCUUAGACGGUAAUAUGGAAAGUACUGCGUAUGAGGAUACUUUGCGAGAAAUGUUUGGUAUUCACGCAUAUAUCGCUUUUACGUUAGAUAAGGUUGUGACGUAUGCCGUAAGACAAUUGCAGCAUUUGGUCUCAGAUCCUAUAUGCCAACAAUGCAUGGAAUUAUUCCAGCGAGAACAACGUCAACCAAAAGAAAGUAGUGGUGCAGGUGGUUUAUGUGCUACAGCGUACAUGAGACUUGGUGCAGAAAUGUCGUAUCAACGUAAAGCUGAAAAAGCUAUGGCAGACGAGAAUUGUUUUAAGAUAUACAUUUAUAAAAAAGACUGUAAAAUGACAAUGGAAUUGUUGGAUACGGAAGGUGAUGAGGCGAUGGACAACAAUUGUAGGGAAAGAGAAAGGGAAGGAGUUACUGUAUCUGAAAAAUGGUCUACAUAUGUUGAGAGGUUUUCUGCUCCAGCUGGUCAGACUAGCCCGAAAGACACCCCUACCUUAACAGACAAUGAGCCAACAACCAAUCAUCCUGUGAGUAACGACCAGGCAGCAAGGGGGGGGAGGGGCAGAAAGCGCAAGAACACUGACACUAGCAAGAAGGUUGACUGGUAGUGUGCAUCUACUGAAUCUAAAUCUGAAAUUUCAUCAUUCGCUAUCAUACAUUCGAAUAUUAGUGAAGCCUUUGGGAAGGAAUUAUGGAUAUUGACUCGUGAACACAUUACUUCCACGCCACAUCACGCCGUGCAGGGUAAUCGUGGCUUUUUCUAUCUUCUGAUCGUUCCAACUUUAAAUUUGUCACUAUGAAACUUCUAGUAUGCCGGAGUAACUAUUGAGUCCAGAAAAGAAAAUAGAAAAGAAAAAAGAAAACCAGUGCUGCAGGAAAAAAAGGUGCAGAAUACGAUAAAGUACCAUUUUGAAGAUUUUUCAAACACUUCCAAAGGUUGUGUGUUAUGGUUCCUUACGGAAAUUAACGAAAGAAACUUGGGAAAUUUCUCGUCCGUACUAUUAAAUUAGGGUAUGUUAACGAUACAUUGAAAUUGUAUAUUUUUUAGACAUUAGGCUAGGAUACCAGCCUUAUUUAAAAGAUUUUUAAUUACGACGAACACUUGUCGAUUCGACGUGUUGUUAUAUAUUACAUUCUUCGAAUCAAAUUUGUUCGAUUUAGAAGUAGUGUGAUAUGUAAAAUUAUAGUAUGCAUUGGUUCUAGCUUGAACUUAAAUGAAAACUGGAAGUAGCGUUAUCAAUGGCGUGGACCAAGUGUGUUCCUGGCUUAACUGUUGCGCCACUGUGAAAUACACGUGUAUGAUAAUUCUUUGCUGUGUAUAUAUAUUAAUAUAUAAGUAGUAAAGCAAAGAUUAUAUGGUGUAGCAUGUAAAUAGAAAAUCACUUGUAUCUUUUAAUUAAUUCAUAGCUCUAAUUGAAACGUAACAGUACGAAGUGUUGAUAUCCCUUCAAUUGACUUGGAAUAAUCUGCCAAAGGUUUCACAGUUUUAGCUCUCUCGAUUGUUGUUGUUGGUUUUUGCAUUGAGAUAAGGUCCAUUAAUUUUUUUUUUUUUUCCAUUUUUUUUUUCAUUUUUUUUCUCGUUUCUUUCUUUCUUUCUUCCUUUUUUUUUUUUUUUUUUUUUAUUUUUACUUGUUUGAUACUUCAAUUUUUAAAUUUUUUGUAAUUUCACUCGUAAUUACAUUCUUCUCUUGAAAAAUGACACAAUUCUGUCAAAGGUGUUAAUAAUUUUUUAUUAACGGUGCAAAUUAUAUAAAUUGUUGCUUAUUAAACUUUAGCUCAAGAGUAUCGGUUUUAAUGUCGUAUCCUCCGCAGGUUUGACGAACGAGUUAACCAACUUUAUAAUUGAAAAUGUGCUUUUUAAUUUGUGUCGUUUAGGACUUCUUUUUUUUUUUUUAAAUUAAACAACAUUAAGAAAUAUUGUUGACGAUUGCUAGUUUUUAUUGUUUGACGUCGAGAUAAAGAAACAAAUCUACGUUUUGUAUAUUUUAUGGAUAACAGGUACUACUUCUUAGUUUUUCUUUGCCAUAGUAUUCUGUACAGCUAUAGAAACACGUUUAUGACGCAAGUGGAUUUUCAGAUGCAGUGUUCGCAACGUUGUUUCCUCAUUGAAUAAUAUCUUCGUAUUUUGUACAAAAUGUAAAACAUGCAUUUCCUGACAAGGCUCUGCAUCAUGGAAUUUUAAGCGCUAUUAUAUAUAUAGA